AUGAUGACCCCCCUUUACAUCCAACUCAUUCUAUUCACCCUUUUCGUUUGCGUUUGGCAAACCCAGGGCCAAUGCAUCGUUGACGCGGCCACCCUGAAGGCUAGCUCUUCCCAGAGUAGCAGCCUACGCCACAGGUGCGGACGAAUGUUGUCCGAGUAUGCAAGCUCCUAUGAUGGACGGUACUUCACAGAUGAUUCAUCCACUACACUUACGGGUAGCGGAACGGAUAGUAUAAGUUCCGACUUUAGUGAAGAUGAGGAUGGUCACUUACAACGUUAUUUAACUUCUAGAAUACAUAGAGAAAGGGAAGCCAAAUGGAAAAGAGAGUUUUCCGAUUUUGUAGGAUCUCUGGAUAGUGUGGAUUCUGUAGGUUCGAGGAGGAAGGUGUUAAAGAAGAUUCUGUCACAUCUUAGGAAACAAGAAACAUUCGACUAUGAUUUAUUAAUGGACUACAUAGAUAUCCAUCUAGAGGGAAAGCAGAAAAAAGAAAUGAAAUUGCUAGUGGAAGAGUUGAAGAAGUAUAAAGAAAAAUAUUUACACACGAAAUAUCGCUUCAGAAAUAACAUGAAAAAUUUUCGAAAAAAGAUCAAGAAGCACAUUAUGUUUUUGAUUUUACUAGUGCCCUCGAUAACCACCUUAUUUGUGUUGUUGGGUAUGAUUAUGUCGAUGACUAUCUGUGCUCCAGCUGCGCUAGCCGCCGGUCCUAUAGUUGCUACUACUGUUGUUACUUCUGCUGCUGGUGCUGCGGCUAGUACUACUGUGGUUAGUAGUGCUGCCGGUGCAUCUGUUGGUUGUGGUGCCUUAGCCGAUGUGGUGAUACCUAUAUUUACCUGCUGUGGAAGCAUGUGCAAAGUUGUAUAUGUACCCCUUCCUUUAUUAUUGUAG